AUGUCGGAGGCCCAGCAUUCCCCACAAGAAUGUCCGUCGCCAAUACUAGUGCCCCUUCAAGCGUUGGUAGCAGAGCAGGAGGGAGAAGGGAGCGGCAUGGGCAAUCGCUUUGAAGUCCUUAGUACGCUAGGGAACCAUAAGAUUUCCUUGGUUUUUCUUCUGGAGCUCAUGUCUGAAGUUAAGCAAUUAGACACGGUCCGUAGAAGGCUUAAGCUGGACCACGGGACCUCGUUCUUAAAUGGCAAGGUGUGGUGUUUAUGGAGCGGGACUUUCAAGAUCUCUUUUCAAGAGAGUGCGGAGCAGGUUGUGCAUGGUAGACUCACGUUCCAGUCAGGCGAGACUAUUUCUAUUUCGGCGGUCUAUGCUAAGUGCACUAGAGUGGGAAGACGGCCCCUCUGGAGCUGCUUGGAGGAUUUCAGUAUGGGUAGGAGUGAGCCAUGGAUUAUAGCUGGGGACUUCAAUAUGAUAGCAUCCUCGGAAGAGCAGAGAGGGGGCGUCCAGCUAAUGGCACUAACAUGGACGAGUUCAAUUCAUCCAUGUUUGCGUGCGGGCUCUCCCCGGUUGACUUUGAUGGGUGUCCCUUUACCUGGCACGGUUUGGCAGCGUUUGGACAGGGCUCUCAUUAAUGCCUGGUGGGUGGCAGAAUACCCAGUCACAAGAGUCUCUCACCUUCCUCGUGGUCGGUCCGAUCAUUCGCCACUCUUGAUCAAAACGGGGUCGGCGGCGUCAGUUCGGCCUUCUUUCAGGUAUCUAAACAUAUGGCAUCGGCACCCCACCUUCCGGGAAACGGUAUCAACAGUCUGGCAGGGGUCGGGUUCAGGAGUCGGGAUGCACCUUUUCCACUCCAAGUUGUCGUCCCUUCGAACUCAGCUAAGAAAGUGGAACAAGGAGAAGUUCAAGAAUAUAUUUGCUCAAGUUCAGUCAGCAGAGGAUACAUACAAACAACGGGAGGCGAAAUUCGACUCAAGAGGAGACGUUUCCUCGAAAACCCGUUUACAUGAGGCAAGGGCCAUGUAUCUAAGAGAAUUUGGGUUUGUCCCUCCUCCCACUUUGCCCCUAGAGUUGCUUAGAGUUGCGGCGGAAGAGGACGCGGGGUUGCGGCAUUUACCGGACCUGGAGGAGAUCCAAACAGUGGUUUUCUCUAUGGAUGCAAGUAGUGCUCCGGGGUCGGACGGGUUCGGGGCGGGCUUCUAUCAACAGUGCUGGGAGAUUAUCAAAGAUGAUCUACUUGGGGUAGUGCAGGAUUUUUUUAAGGGAAUGCAGCAGCCCGGGAGCUUCUCCAGUGCGUUACUUGUACUGAUCCCAAAGACGGAGGGGGCAUGCCAGUGGAAGGACUUCAGGCCAAUUAGCCUUUGUAACACGAGUUCCAAGAUCAUAUCGAAGAUACUGGCAAAUCGGCUGGGGGGUCUACUACCCAAACCCAUUUUGCCAUGGCAAACAGGGUUUGUUCCAGGAAGGGGCAUUAUGGAUAAUAUCUUGCUGGCUCAGGAGCUAGUGAUGGAGUUGGAUAGGAAACUGGCCCACCUGAAUUUGGUGCUCAAACUCGAUAUGGAGAAAGCAUAUGACAGAGUGGAAUGGCCUUUCCUUCUUUUUAUGCUUAGGAGUUUUGGAUUUUCAGAGGUCACUGUGGUGGCGGGGAAUUCUGGUGGCAACAGCGGCAUCAUUAACCCAUCGCUGAGACCUUCGAUUCUUGAGUUCCUAGGGCAGGGUCUCCAACAGCUUGGACUUAACCAUAAGGACAGAAGGUUUGUGUCUGCUGGUGCCACGGUUCCCUACCUGGCUUUUGCUGAUGACAUAAUCAUCUUCACUUGGUGCUCGAAACCGUCCCUGAUAGCACUGCAUGAGUUUCUCUUUCUCUAUCAAAAACAUUCCGGGCAGAAGGUAAAUGCGGGGAAGAGCACUCUCCUUACACCCGCUCGCAUGUCGGAGGAUCACAUUAGGUUGGUGGAGACUACCUUGGGCUUUCAUAGACAAUCUUUUCCAGUAAAAUAUCUAGGGGUUCCCCUGGUCCGUGGAAGGAUGGGCACCAUAGUCUUCGAUCCCCUACUGGCUAAGCUACGGGCACGCCUAUUCCAUUGGAGUUCUAAACUUCUGAGUACGGGGGGUAAGAUUGUCCUCAUUCGGCACGUGCUCGGCUCGAUUCCUCUGUAUCUGCUUCAGGCAAUUUGCCCUCCCAAAACCGUAGUGACAGCCCUAGGCAGGAUUUGCAACUCAUUUCUCUGGAAUUCAAAUGUUGAUUCAAAGAGGAUGCACUGGGCGACAUGGGAGAAGCUAUGCUUUCCUGUUCAAGAAAGGGGUCUGGGGUUUCGCUCCUUUUUUGAGUCGGCAAAGGCCUUCGCCUGCAAGUCGUGGGGGCAGUUACGCAGAAAUGAUUCGAUAUGGGCUGAGUAUAUGCACAGUAAGUACAUUAAGGACUCCCACCCGUCAAUCGUUGUGGUGGAUCAUCCCCCGGCGUCAUGGCGACGACUGUUAGCAGUCCGAGAUUUUGCGGAGACGCGGAUUCGUUGGUGCUUAGGAAAGGGAUUAGUCGACUUCUGGUACGAUACCUGGUGUGGUGAUCUCCCUCUAGCGCUAGUGGUGGGGGUCACCAAUCCCCCUCAUGCCCUGGUGGCAGAGUUCUACAUAGCUCAUGGUUGGAAUGUUCCUCGGCUCAAGGAGUGGGUGCCAGACUUUGUGGUGCAGCGGAUCCUUUCUUCCCUAAACAGGACUAUGCCAUGGUUUGGGUACCAUCACACAACGGUGAUUUCUCUGUGGCUUCCGCAUGGGAGGACAUCCUUCAAAGACGUCAUACAUCGUGGAUUGAUCGCUAUAUAUGGGGGCUGA